AUGGGGAAGAAACAGGCGUACAUUCCACCCCUCAUUGGAUGGCUGUACGAUCUGGUCUUAUGGUCGUUCUCCGUGCUGAUCGACCUCUUCUUCCGCGAGGUGCAUCCCCGCGGAUCAUGGAAGAUCCCUCGCCGAGGUCCCAUUAUCAUUGUCGCCGCCCCUCAUGCGAACCAGUUUGUCGAUUCGCUUGUCCUUAUGCGCGUCAUUCGCAGCGAGGCCCACCGACGUAUCUCAUGGCUCAUUGCGGAGAAAUCCUUCAGACGCAAGUUUAUUGGACUUUUAGCGCGUGGUAUCGGAACCCUGCCCGUGGCGCGCGCCAUGGAUAACUUGAAGCCGGGCACAGGUACUAUUUAUCUGCCCGAUCCGGUCAACGAACCCACACUCUUGCGCGGUAUCGGCACCAACUUUGAAGGACACGGCUUUGAGAAGGAGGGAACAAUUGCGCUACCUACUAUCAACGGUACUUCGCACAGCUCGGCUAUCGCGGAGAUCCGUGGUCCGGAGGAGCUGAUACUUAAAAAGCCUUUCAAGCACAGGGAUGCGCUCUUCCAAUUAACUGGGAGAAACGAUAUUGGCAACGAUGGAACCUUUUCAGGAGACGCUGCUGAACAGGUCCCCGAUUUCAAGGGUUCCAAGUUCAAGGUCGCUCCGCACGUGGAUCAGACGGCUGUCUACGAGGCCGUCUUUGCGAGAUUGAAUGCUGGUGGCUGCGUUGGCAUCUUUCCGGAAGGUGGUAGCCACGAUCGUCCAUCUCUAUUGCCCCUCAAGGCUGGCGUGGCCCUGAUGGCUCUCGGUACCCUCGCAGACAACCCUGAUUGUGGUUUGAAGAUUGUGCCUUGUGGCAUGAACUAUUUCCACGCCCAUAAAUUCCGAUCUCGCGCCGUCAUAGAAUUCGGUAACCCAAUUGAAGUCCCGAAGGAGAUUGUGGAGCAGUUCAAGCAAGGCGAUCGCCGCGAGUCUGUCGGUGCUCUUCUGGAUAUCAUAUACCAAAGUCUUGUUGCGGUCACGGUCACAAGCCCCGAUUACGAAACGCUCAUGGUAAUCCCAACCGACCCGCCGUCUGUACAACACCAAGGGCAAGAAGCUCCUCUUCCCAUGGUUGUGGAGCUCAACCGCCGCCUCGUGAAGGGCUACAAUCAUUUUAAAGACGACCCGCGGAUCGUCAAUCUCCGCAAAUCCAUUGUCAACUACAACAAGCAGCUUCGUAUCCUCGGUAUUCGUGAUCAUCAAGUGCAGUAUGCCAAAUUUUCUAUUGUGCAGGUGGUCGCCACCUUGAUUUAUCGUCUGGGCAAGUUGGCUCUCCUCACCAUUGGCACCCUACCUGGGCUGCUUCUCUUUACUCCGGUUUUCGUCGCGACGAAGUAUCUGUCGAUGAAGAAAUCCAAGGAGGCACUGGCUGCUUCCACAGUUAAAUUGCAGGGGCGCGAUGUGAUGGCUACAUGGAAAUUACUCAUUGCGCUGGCAUUUGCCCCGGCUGUGUAUGCGUUUUAUACGACUAUGUUCACCUACUGGACAUAUCGGAACCGCAUCCAAGGCCUUGUGCCGGACUGGGUGCCACUUUGGCUUGUGGUGGUGGGUAUGGAUAUUGUCAAGUCCUUGCGACCACUGGUCUUGUGCCUGAACCCGUCGUCCGCCAACACGCUCGUGAAAUUGCGUGCAAAGCGCGCGAUGCUCGCCCAACAAGUCGAUGAGGCAAUCAACACCUUGGGCCCGGAGCUGUUCCCAGACUUUGACGCUGCACGAAUUGUCACUGAUCCCUUCCGGGAAGUCAGCCACGAGGGACUUGAGGGCGAUUUGCCCGCGAUCAAAGCAACCCGUGACGAGAUGGAGGACUUGCCCUCGGCCGAGCCUUUGCCUCGUAACGAGUCGUUCCACAAUCUGGCCAACAUUGGCUUCUUCUCACUCAGACCACCCACCCCUAACCGCAGUCGCAGCAGCUCUGCUGCUCCUCGUCCCGGCUCACGAGGCGGACUCAAGCCUCUGAGCCCAAUGACCCAGAAGGACCCGCUCGAGGAUGUGAGCUCCCGGAUUCGAGAUGCGAUGAGAGAGCGUGGCGAGCGGCGCCGCAGACGCAGUGAGGAUGGAAGUUGGGACAUGGCCAGCUCAGGGCCAGGGACGCCGUCUAGUGGUGAGGAAAUCCGAAAGGAUCUAUGA